GAAGCCAGGGAUGUAUGUCGACAUUACUGUUAAUGUGACCUUCCUUGAUAGUGUAGUACAUGGUAUAAAAGAAAACGGGUAAGCUUGGGUACUAUAAAGCUACCCAUCUACCCCAUUAUAGGAGUUUGGCGAUAAAACUGGGUAGAUAUUCAAGGUUAUCUCAUUAUCAUCCAUACCAACAACUUGUUUACCCCGCUGUCGGCUAGGGUAAUGAGAUCCGAAGAAGACUCGAAAUCCUCUAGUCGUCGGAAACCGACAGCGAGAGGAUCUUGGUAUUAUUAUAACCAAGAUUCCAGCUGACUGCGGAUUCUUUCUCGGUCCAUUUUGUGACACUCGACGGUUAGGGUUAUUGAAAAACCAUAUUACCAAUGGCAGUUUUGAAGCUUGCAGUGAGCCUGCUGGCGACAACUUUAGGUACAACAGCGGCAAUCACAAGGGUCGACCCUAUUGUAUCAAUAAAGAAUGGAAGUUAUGAGGGUCUCUAUCUCCCCGCUUUCGACCAGGACAUCUUCCUCGGUAUACCUUAUGCUCAAGAUACUGGCGGUGCAAACCGGUUCCGUAUCCCGCAAUCUCUGGACGAAACUUGGAACGAUACGCGGGCAGCUAAAGCCUACGGACCUGGAUGCCCAGAUUAUUAUCUAUCGGCUGAGGUCUUACACGGUAUGAGUGAAAACUGCCUCAGUAUCAAUAUCGUACGGCCGGCUGGAAUACGACAGAAUGGCAACGAGGCUCCGCUUCUCCCGGUCAUGUUUUGGAUCCAUGGAGGAGCAUAUCAAUAUGGUGGCAGCGCACAGCCUCAGUAUAACCUUACGUACUUGGUCCAGAAGUCAGUAGAUAUUGGCUUUCCUAUAAUAGGCGUCAGCCUCAACUACCGCAAGGGAGGAUGGGGAAACAUGUACUCGAUCGAAAUUCAGGGAUCUGGAAAUACAAACUUAGCAUUACGAGACAUGCGCCUAGCUUUAGCUUGGGUACAGGAGAACAUUGGGAGUUUCGGCGGCAAUGCUUCAUCAGUGACAAUAUGGGGACAAUCAGCCGGGUCAUUUGCAGUUGGCCAACUCGUAAUGAGCUACGGCGGACGGACAGAUGGUCUUUUUCAUCGGUCUAUCCAGGAGAGCGGAAGUGCGACAACAGCUUGGUGUAAUGGAUCGGAUUGGUACCAACCUAUUUACAACAAGAUCGUCGACCAAGUCAAUUGUAGCUCGGCACCGGACACACUAGAGUGUUUGCGGACAAUCGACUACGAGACCCUUUACCCCUUUUUAAAUUCCUCGGCUAUUCCCGGUCCAGGUUUCUAUCCUACUGUUGAUGGUGAUGUAUUACCUAACUACCCAUCAGAGCUCCUUCGAGCUGGACGCUUCGCACAUAUGCCGCAUCUUUAUGGAACAGUCUCCGACGAGGGUACCGAUAACGCGCCACUAGGUAUUAAUACAGACGCGGAGUUGCAUAAUUAUCUUUUGUACGGCGUGGGCUUUGGAUUUCCCGCCGGGACCGUUGAUCAUAUCCUGGAACUAUACCCCGAUGACCCGGCGCAAGGUGUUCCUGUGAACACAGGCGCAGAACGCUUUGCUGAUAGAGGAUGGCAGUAUAAGCGCGUGGCAGCCAUUGUCGGCGACAUCUUCUAUCAUGGACCGCGGCGGUAUGAUGCGAAGCACUACGUCAAGUAUUCGCCGACGUAUAUAUAUCGAUUCAACACUCGGCCGUGGGAGAGCACGUCCUCUAAUGCCACUAUUUCCGGGGGCGGGGAGCUUGCGCCGGCGUACAAAGGCGUCGAGCACUUUAGCGAGGUAGCUUUCGUUUUUGCGAACCCGACAACGGUGGGGCCAUGGCCCGAAUACCGCAGACUGAGCAGCCAACUUAGCACCCAGUGGAUCCGGUUUGCACAUACAGGAAACCCAAACGGCCCAGGACUACCACACUGGCCGCAAUAUGACGAAGCAGAAAAUGGCCUUAAUCUGGUAUUACAAACAGAAGCACAAGGAGGGUCGUACGUCGAAGAUGACACAUAUCGGUUAGCUGGACGCGAGUACCUGACGCAGUGGUCUAGGAGAAGGCAUGUAUAAAUCGUGAAGCGAAUGCCCACGAACGAGGACCUAUCUUAGCAGUCUGUAUGGUAUAAAUAUACCUACUCCGACGUGGUUUCGGCGAUUUCAAAAUGAGGCCUAUUAUUCGUGUUCGUAAAUUAAGUGCGAAACACUUCAUGACUUGGUUUUGUUAUAUGCAACCUUGACCUGCGUGGGUAUUAUCUGCAAUAUGG